UCAAAAGGUGCAAAACGUGAAUGAGAAAUUUCGCAAGAACUAAUGUUGUUGUGAAUAUUGUUGCUAUUAUCACUGAAUUUCGUUAAACUAUGGUAAAACUUUCAACUUACAAGGUUUCACAGUAACGAAAAUCUACAAUAACAUUUGUGAAAACAUUAACUCGAACCCUACGAAACGAAACUUUGAUAAGUAAUAGCGGUAAAAUAAGGACUGCAUCAAGAUGUACGAUUUGAAGCCGAUUUUGAAACGUGUCGAAAUUGAACUUCCAACAUGCAUGUAUCCGAUGAAACCGCUUAUCAACGAAAGCAACAGCUGUUCACCGGCUGGCCAGAGCACGGUAUUUAUGGAUCAUUUGUCUGAAAAACUUAAGACUUUACUUCUCAAGGAAGACCGUUCUGAACUUCAAAUAUUAGAAGACAAACAGGAGAAAAUCCUGAAACAGCUUGCCGAGUUACGUGAACAGCUACUGUCAAUGCGAACUGAUUUGAAAAUAUGCAGUAAGCCACCGCAACCGAAUACAGCAGUUUCAUCUAGUGAAAACACCGUUCACAAAGCCGAGUCAAAAGCUCAGACUAAACAGAUUCAACCUAUCAAUCUGUCAUAUCUGCAGGACUUCGUUGUUAAUGCUAGUCCGGAGAACAUCCCUUUCGGUCUAUUGGCUCUGAAAAAACUUUGGAUCGAUCGGUUGAAUCUUAACGUAGAGUGCUUCAUCCACUCGACAAUUCCUAAACUGAGCGAAGCUGCACUUAAUUUUCAAAAAAUCAUUACAAACCUGAGACCGAAAAUCGAAAAUCUUCCCACCAUCAAGGUGACGUUGAUCUGGAAGAAUGUUGGUACCUAUACGGAAAUGAUCACUUCACCCACGGCUUAUGUUCCUAUCUGUGGAGAGGUCAACAUCCUGCGCUUUUUGUCACGCUGUGGUCCAAGCGAAUUCAACUACGAACAACAUGCCGAUGUAACGGAGGUUGAUUCUAUUUUGGAUACCUGCUAUCUUCUAAUCAAUAAGUCGAAUCCCACAGAGAAGAAGCAAGUACUGAAAACACUAAGCACAAAGCUCGGUAAAACUCCCAGCUUCGGAGGUGCCGAAAUCUCUCUCUGCGAUAUCGCUGCCACUAGUGCAAUCAAGCAGGUGCAUAAUCUUCUGGCGAAGGAUGUUAAUCCCAACAUGGCAAAGUUGGUCGCCAGGGUAUCUUCCAUGAUCGGGGUUUAAGCAAAAAACGCACGCAUAAAAAUAGCAUCAAAUGCUUACUCGUUAACUUAUAAACGUCGCUCAGUUGAACUUGAUAAAUAAAUGAAAAAAAAAG